CUAGCUCAUCAUGUAUCGUAGCAUCGGACAACAACAAUACAGUCAUGUCCUCCAAUUAUUUUGGCCUCAGUAACAAAUUAUGAAUGAGUGAUUCAAAUCCUUUUGAUUAAGGCAAAGACAAGCAGGGCACAACCAGACUGUUGACAUUGACACAAUGUGAUUAUGAAAUGAAUUGAGAUUUAUCUGAUCAAUCAGCAAUGGGAACUGGAGCAUCUAGAGACUCGGAUGAACCAGGAGAACAGAAAAUACCCCAGGGGUUCAGAUCUAAUGAUUCAUCAGUGACAAGAACUGGAACAUCUAUAAGAGAUGGUAAACAACAGUCUGUGAAGAAGAGAACACAAGUUGGACUAACUAGACUUGGAUUUUCACCUUCUGAACUCAAUAUUCAUGAAGGAGAGGAAGUAUCUUUUCACUGGAAUGGGGUGAGAGGAUCUGGACACAACGUGAAACAGGUUGUAUCUGAUGAUGGAAAACUUAUGGCCGUCAAUGGAGGAUUCUUCAGUGGAGAGCCAAGUAGUAGCGGAUACUUCCAGGUUCAGUUCAACUUGGAAGGCACCUACUCAUUUAUUAGUGAGGGAUACAGUGAUCAACAAGCAAACUUACUUACAGUGACUGUCAGAUCUAAAUCUCUCCAAAAAGUUGAGAUCAGAGAGAGUGGUUUCAGCAAGCCCCAGCUGAGUGUCCGUGAAGGGACCAGUGUCAGAUGGCAUUGGGCAAUCUCCUGCACCCUUGUUGAGGUGAAGCUAUGUACCAAACACUUUAGCUGGAUCAGGACAGACAUUGGAAGUACCAUCCCAUCUCAAACAGGCUGGUACAAACAUGAUUUCAAGGAACCUGGACUCUACUACUUCCUAGCAGAGACCGAAGGAGAGGAGCAGUCUCACCUGUGUGUAGUUGAGGUACAGGAGACCCAACGUCAUCAUUCUAUUGAUGUAACAGACAAGAGAUUCAGUCCUUCCCUACUGACAGUCCAGGAAGGGGAUAGGGUCUGGUGGAACUGGGAUAGGUUCAAGUGUCAGAAGAAGCACAAGAUAAUUGAGGUUGAAAUGCCAACUGGCCACAACGUCACAAAUAGCUUUCCUGUAACCCUGAGAGGAGGUUUCACAAGCGGUGCUCCAAGCCGAAGUGGAACUCUCUCACAUGUUUUCAACAAGCCUGGAAUAUUUUAUUACUGUGAUAAUAACUACGAUGAUGUGAGAGAGUAUGUUGGUGUGAUUGUCGUCAAACCCAAGCCAAAGGAGCAUCACAUUGAAGUGACAGAUGAAGGUUUCUACCCUGACCUAUGUGUUGCGAGUGUAGGAGAUAGAAUCCGAUGGAACUGGGAUCCAAGCCACUUAGAUACUAGCUUAUCAAUCACACAGGUUGAAAGCUGUGUCACCUCUUCAAAGAACAACCAAAUGGAUGAAUGUAACAACCGUUUUAAAUACUUGAGUGAUGAUCAUGGACUCCAGAUCACCAAACUGGGCGUGGCUACCACCAAUCUCACCUCAAUGGGUGUUUACCACUACAGGGUGUCCGAUGCACCCAUGUCGGUUGGCUGUUGCUCCGUCAUCGUCAAUGCUGCUGUCAAAGAUCACACCAUCAAGAUCACAAAGACGGGUUACGAACCUCAUCUCCUGUCUAUUCACCCUGGAGAUCGUGUUUGGUGGAUAUGGAAUGGUGUACAUACACCACAUAAUAUCAUUCAGGUAUCUCAGCAAGGUGAACCCAUAACAUCUGGUUUCUGCAGUGGACUUCCAGUAGAAAGUCCUGGUGCUUUUUACACUUGCUUUGAGAGAGAAGGUGUUGUAUAUUAUCACAGUGCUGGUUUGCCAAAUCUAUAUGGAGCAAUUAUGACAGUUCCUCAACCUAAGGUGCACCAGGUCAUCGCUUCCAAGAAUGCAUUGACCCCUGACCCUGUAUCAGUCAGGUCAGGUGACUGUGUUGCCUGGGUGUGGCCAUUGUUAAGGAAGCACAAGUUGGUCAGUGUAAGCAGUACUCAGGAAGUAUUUGAGCUCCAGAAAUAUACUCAGGAUUCGGUUUCACCAAGGAGAUGCUGUGCCUUAUUGUUCACAAAUCCAGGAGUCUUCCAUUAUUAUAGCAAAGCUUUCUCGAACAAAGGAGAAAAAUUCAUGUAUGAGCACAGUAGCAAAGCUGUUUUGAGCAGUGUUGUAGUGAGCAUGCCUAAAGAUCAAACCAUUGUUAGAGUCAACAGCCGAGGAUUUCAUCCGCAAACAAUCAACGUUAAGAAGGUGCAAGCUCACUAA